AUGGCCACACCUGAGAAUCCAGUUAUACUCGACCUUAUGUCCACGUUCGGUGCUGUCUUGGUCGGAUCGUUCUUAUCGGCAGUCAUUUGGGGGUGUUCGAGUUUUCAAACCUUCCUCUAUUUCAUGAACUGUGGUAUGGACCAUGGAGCGUUAAAGGCUUUGGUAGCUUUCCUAUGGUGUUUGGAUACCGCGAGCGAGGUCAUGAUUAUCAAGUCGAACUUCAAGGUACUCGUACGAAACUGGGGAGAUUUGUCUCUCCUGAAUCAACAACAAAUAGAACUAAUGGAUCAUUCCGCCAUCGAAGCAGCAGUUGUUUACAUCGUCCAAUUAUGGUUCAUUCGAAGAAUAUACCUGGAUACGGACGACGAAUCACCACGCUCUCCACCCCGCAACAUCAAUCUAUCCAUACGGGCUGCUUCAGUUGCCGUGGACAUCGCCGUUGCUGUUAUUAUGGUUUGGACACUCGCUGAUAUGAAAAACCCCCAGCUCAAGAGAUCGAAACAGAUGAUUAAUCGGGUCAUUGUGCUAAUCGUAAACAGCACACUUCUUACUGCGAUCACAGCGUCAGUCACACUCAUCCUGUUGGCCGCCUCGCCCACAACUCUCUACUAUACAAUCACGGAGCUACCCUUUUGCUCCCUAUAUUUUAGCACAUUCCUCGCAAAUCUGAAUGCCCGUGAUUACGUUAGAGGGAGCACUCAAGUUAUGUCAACCCUCGACUUCGCGAUUCCUUCUGGUAAUCUUAGUCUAAUGCGAUCAGGCCUGGCGGCAGGAGAACACACACAGAUACAGACACCCCUCAAUUGUCAGACCAAUUUACCCAUGUAUGCCACUGAACACUCUCAUUUCGCCUCUGUCAUGUCUGACACGCUGUAUCAUUUCAUCGCACAGGGUGGGUAG